CUGGGCGUGCGUGCUGGAAAACGCCAUCGCCGCUGAGUGUUGAGCAACGGCGCAGCGAUUUUGACAUUUCCAUUUAUCGAAAAUCUUGGUGCCAGAUUCGGUGUGCGCUGGGAAACGAAUCCGAUUGCAAUAUAGCCAGUAGCCAGAGUGUGUAUCAAUUAAGCGAAUAUGCUGCGCUCCAAAGUGAUACAGGCAGCCUGCGCCGCCCAACGUGCGUUCUCCACCACCCCCAAGGUGCUGGCCGUCAAGCAGAUGACGGUACGCGAUGCCCUCAACAGUGCCCUCGACGAGGAGCUGAGCCGGGACGACCGCGUCUUUCUGCUGGGCGAGGAGGUGGCCCAGUACGACGGUGCCUACAAGGUAUCCCGUGGACUGUGGAAGAAGUACGGCGACAAACGCAUCAUCGAUACGCCAAUCACAGAAAUGGGCUUCGCUGGCAUUGCUGUGGGUGCUGCCAUGGCCGGUCUGCGUCCCGUCUGCGAGUUCAUGACCUUCAACUUUGCCAUGCAGGCCAUUGAUCACAUCAUCAAUUCGGCUGCCAAGACGUUUUACAUGUCCGCUGGCGCCGUCAAUGUACCAAUCGUGUUCCGCGGUCCCAACGGUGCCGCCUCCGGUGUGGCCGCCCAGCACUCUCAGUGCUUCGCUGCGUGGUAUGCACACUGCCCCGGCCUUAAGGUCAUCUCCCCCUACGAUACGGAGGAUGCACGAGGCCUGCUGAAGGCUGCCAUUCGGGAUCCCGAUCCAGUUGUGUUUCUGGAGAACGAGCUCAUGUACGGUACUGCAUUCCCCGUCGAUGAUAAAAUCACCGACAAGGACUUUGUGGUGCCGAUUGGCAAGGCGAAGAUCAUGAGGCCUGGCAAGGACAUCACCAUUGUGGCGCAUUCCAAGGCGGUGGAGACGGCCCUCCUGGCCGCCGCCGAGCUGGCCAAGAAGGGCAUUGAGGCUGAGGUUAUCAAUCUGCGCUCCAUUCGUCCCCUCGAUACGGCGACCAUCUUCGCCUCUGUGCGCAAGACCCACCACCUGAUCACUCUGGAGAACGGCUGGCCACAGCACGGUGUUGGUGCUGAGAUCUGCGCACGCAUCAUGGAGGAUCAGACGUUCUUCGAACUGGACGCCCCUGUGUGGCGUUGCUGCGGUGUGGAUGUGCCCAUGCCCUACGCCAAGACGCUGGAGUUACAUGCUCUGCCCCGAGUGGCCGAUGUGGCUGAGGCGGCCCUUAAAGUGCUGGGCGGCAAGGCGGGCAAGGCUACUGCCGCAUUGAAAUAGACACACUCACACACACACACAUACGCACGAUACGGCACAGAGCUAACUAAAUUUACUGUCCUCAACGAAAAAACAACCAACACAAAAAUGGUAUGGACAUCCGCUGUCCCUAAAUUAAUGCACCGAACUGCAAAUCGAAAAGUGAAAUGGAAUGGUUUGAAUUUAAGCAGCACCAUUGGAUUUUGUUUAUCUUUCAAACCUGCUAGUUGAUUUAUUUGGUUAUAGAAAUCUCUUCUGAAAUUAAAAAAAAAGAAAAACUAGAAAACCUG